AUGAGUUUGUCCACGCUGCUGAAAAUUCUGGACGAUGACCAAGACAAGGACGCCUUCGGAGAUAUUUUGACCACUCUUCGUGCGCUUGCACGCCGCUGGAAAUUAGCGAAAGGGAUGCUUCGACUUGUCCAGUUGACGGCUGUGACGCAGGCCGUCAACCUUCCUGCCCAGGCAGAGGUUCUUCGCGACCUUGAAAUAGGGUUUUGGGGGCCGGACGAUCACUUGUGGGCCAGCAGCCUCCACCCAAACUUGGCUCUCUUGACGGAUCAUGAAGAAGGGUCGGACAUUUCCCAUCGAUGA